AUGCGUGGACACGGUGGCAUGGGAUUUAGAGCCGCUCCCGGUCCAGUUAGAAUGAACAUGGGUGGCAUGGGUGGUCCUGGACCAGCAAGAAUUGGUAUGAGUGCAGGCGGUCCUGGUCCAACAAGAAUUGGUAUGAGUGCAGGCGGUCCUGGUCCAGCAAGAGUUGGUAUGGGUGGCCCUGGCGGUCGCCCACCUGGGGCAACUGCAUCAGGUCCUGGUCCCGCGCGUCCGCCACCUGCGCCUGGACCCACACAAGUGAAUGUGAACGUUAAUGCAGCACCACGGCCAAUGGUAAACGAGGUAGUUGUGGUUGGCGGUGCUGCACCUCUACUGCCGGCCGCUGGUCUGAUGCUUGGCGCAUCAAUGGUUGCCGGAGCGGCAAUGGGAGCAGCUGCAGCCUCAGCUAUGUCUGGACCGAGAGAAGUUAUUGUGAAUGCACCACCUCCUCCUCCAUCGUCGACUGUGAUUGUGAAUACGCCGGGCGUACAACAGCCACCUGCAUCGACAGUUGUUGUAAGUUCAUCAGCAGCAGCGCCAAUGGGCUCUAAUGUCGUUGUAAACUCUGGUAUGGGCCCUGCUGCAGCCGCUGCUCCACCAACAACGGUAGUAGUAGAAGGAGGCAAUCAGAGGCAGCAGCCUACAACGGUGGUGACAGAGACGGUGGUCAUACCGCCGAAGCCGAGUAGUUGCUGUUGUGUGAUAUUAUGA